AAAAGUAAUAAUAAGUCAAUUUGACCGGUCGUUUCCUCGAUUAAUCACUGCAACAUACUGCAAUACUCUCUCUACCUUUGAAGCCCGAGGAGAAAUAAAACGCUAUGAUUCUUAAAUUAUCUAACUGCGCACCUUUUCAUGCCGGACUUUCUCUACCAAGAGUGAAAUAAACUCCGGAAAUAAGUCACCUAGGUUAGAUGUGGCGAGACAUCAUACAUAAUCUUGACGUUCUCGAAUCCCGAGAGCGGCCGAGCGGGGUCCGGCGUCCUAGCCACCGGCACAUGGUCAUUCCCGGUGUUGAAAUUAUAUAAAGUGAUAGAAUUGAAAAUUAAAAGAAGUUGUAGUUGUAGUACAUUCGUGGAUUAAUUCUACGUGAAACAGUACCACUCAGGAGAGAUUCUAAAUUGAAUCUUGACGCUAUGGCGACCGACAACAAAGGGAAGCCUCCGUAUCCUCCGUUCACGGCGGAGACCGCUCACAUCAAAGUGAAGGCGGCUCAAGAUGCUUGGAAUACUAAGGAUCCAUCGAAGGUGAAGUUGGCAUAUACGCCAGACUCGAUCUGGCGAAACCGGGACACCUUCCUCCAGGGCCGAGACGAGAUCGAGGCCUUCCUAACCAAGAAAUGGGAGCGCGAGCAGGGAUACCGACUACGCAAGGAGCUCUUCGCUUUCACGGAUAACAAGAUCGCCGUCCAGUUUUGGUACGAGUGGUACGAUGCCGAGGGCCAGUGGUGGCGGACGUACGGGCUCGAAGACUGGACUUUCGCGGAUGACGGGUUGAUGAGGAAGCGCCAGAUGAGUGGAAAUGAUGUGAAGAUCACCCACGAGGAGAGAUGGUAUAAGGAUGGCGUAGAUAUCAACACGGUUUCUAUCUCCGAGAGGGAUUGGUAACGAAGGAUUACCUCUUGUCCGCGCGCAAAUGGAUCAGAAAAGCUAAUUUGAUAAAUUCAUUUUUUCAUUUUGGUCGAUGAAUAGCCUAGGGAUUUCAGUAUAGGAAAUUUAUUACCUAGGUAUAAGAACCUAAUCAUAGCCGAUAUGUCUACUCAA